AGGCGCCAGUCACUCUCAUCCACAGUGGCAGCUGGGUCACACUCGAAACUUCACUUGCUAGGACUUCCCAGGUGAAACCUGAACUUCCAUUUCCCCCUUGUCUGUUCCUUUCAAGAGAUAUUCUCGUAGACAUUUGUGCUGGGCAGCUCUGGGAAGGCUCUUUCCUAAGAAGGCAAGCUCUUGGCUGUGAUAUUAUAUUGCAGUCAUGGCGCCUAAGAAGAAGAACGUCAAAAAGAGCAAAGCGGAUAUCAAUGAGCUGACCAUCAUUGUGGAGGAUGGGCCCCUCAGCAAACUGAAUGGCUUGAACGGCCUUUUGGAAGGAGGGAACGGCUUCAGCUGCAUUUCGACUGAAGUUUCUGAUGCUCUCUAUAGCCCCAAUCUCUUGGAAGGACUGUGCAGAAUGAGACUGGAAAACUUCCUCUGUGAUUUAGUGAUUGGUACCAAAACCAAGUCCUUCGAUGUCCACAAGGUGGUAAUGGCUUCAUGUAGCGAUUACUUCCACAACAUCUUAAAGAAAGAUCCAUCUACUCAAAGAGUGGACCUCAACGAUGUAGCUCCACUGGGCCUAGCCACUGUCAUUGCAUAUGCUUACACUGGGAAGCUCACACUCUCACUGUACACCAUAGGCAGUAUCAUCUCCACAGCCAUUUAUCUUCAGAUCCAUACCCUUGUGAAGAUGUGCAGUGAUUUUCUGAUGCAAGAAAUCAAUGUGGAGAAUUGCAUCUACAUCGCCAACAUCGCAGAGACGUAUGGACUAAAGACCGCCAAGGAAGCAGCGCAGAAAUUCAUUAGGGACAACUUCAUUGAGUUUUCCGAAUCGGAUCAGUUCUUAAAACUUAGUUUUGACCGGAUCAAUGAACUUCUUGCAGACGAUGACUUGCAGUUGCCCUCUGAACUUGUUGCAUUCCAGAUUGCAAUGAGAUGGCUGGAAUUUGACCAAAAAAGAGCAAAAUACGCUGCUGACCUUUUGAGCAACAUUCGGUUUGGUACCAUCUCUGCCCAAGACCUGGUGAAUUAUGUUCAGACUGUACCAAGAAUGAUGCAAGAUUCAGAUUGCCAUAGACUUCUAGUGGAUGCCAUGAAUUACCACUUACUUCCGUACCACCAGAAUACCCUGCAGUCUAGGAGAACAAGGAUACGUGGAGGAUUACGAGUCCUUGUUACUGUCGGGGGACGCCCAGCUCUAACAGAGAAAUCCCUUAGUCGAGACAUUUUAUACAGAGAUCCUGACAAUGGGUGGAAGAGGCUUACCGAGAUGCCAGCUAAAAGCUUCAACCAGUGUGUCACUGUGAUGGAUGGAUUCCUCUAUGUGGCAGGUGGUGAAGACCAGAAUGAUGCCAGAAACCAGGCUAAGCAUGCAGUCAGCAAUUUCUGCAGGUAUGAUCCUCGCUUCAACACGUGGAUUCACCUGGCCAACAUGAAUCAAAAGCGCACUCAUUUCAGCCUGAAUGUGUUCAAUGGCCUCCUUUACGCUGUCGGCGGCCGCAACUCCGACGGGUGUCUUUCUUCAGUUGAAUGUUAUGUCCCCGCAGUUAAUCAGUGGCAAAUGAAGGCCCCGCUGGAGGUGGCCCGGUGCUGCCACGCUAGUGCAGUAAUCGAUGGUAGGAUCCUGGUCACGGGAGGUUACAUCAACAAUGCUUAUUCCCGCUCUGUCUGCAUGUACGAUCCUGCUAGCGACAGCUGGCAAGAUAAGGCCAGCCUGAGCACUCCGAGAGGCUGGCACUGUGCGAUUUCCCUGGGGGAAAAGGUUUACGUCAUGGGGGGGUCCCAGCUGGGAGGUCGGGGUGAAAGAGUCGAUGUGCUUCCUGUUGAAUGUUACAGCCCUUAUCCCGGCCAGUGGAAUUACGCUGCUCCUCUUCCAACGGGCGUGAGCACCGCUGGUGCCUCCACCCUUGGUGGGAAAAUGCACUUAGUGGGAGGCUGGAAUGAAGUAGAGAAGAAAUACAAGAAAUGUAUUCAGUGCUACAACCCCAACCUGAAUGAAUGGACCGAUGAGGAUGAGUUGCCCGAAGCCACCGUAGGAGUGUCGUGCUGCACCAUUGCCAUGCCCAACACUAAGACCAGGGAAUCCAGGGCUAGCUCGGUAUCUUCAGUGCCAGUCAGCAUUUAAGCAUUUUAACAAGUAGGCUUAGAUUCAACUUUUUAAAAAUGUUUACUUCACACAACCCUGUCGGAAUCCCUGGAAAGAGCCAUGCGUGCCGAUCGGAAGGGAUUGUGGGAGACGGGGAACAUUUGCAUGCCGACGGCUUUGGAUUUCAGUUUUGCCAAAUUGGCCAAUUUUCAUGGCAUCGAAAAUAGAUGGUAUGACCUAAGAAAUUUAAAAUGCAAUGAGCUUAGCACAAAACAGAGGCCUCUAAUUUGUCCCCAGAACUUGAAAAGUAUUUUUCUUAUUAACAGUUCAUUUUUAUUUUCAUUUUAUUAUUAUUAUUUUCAUUAUUUUCAUAAAAACAGUAAAAACAGCCUCUCUCCCCCACCCACCCACCCACCACGUUCCCAUCCAUUUAGAUUUCCCCCUUCCUUGUUUAUAUCAUCCUGUGUUCAAAGGUUUCGUGCCUAUAAGUAAAACCAUGAAGCAAAAAUUGGAUAAAUUAAUAGUUACAUAGAAUUUAUUUAUUUAUUUAUUUAUUGAAAUAAAAGUGCUGUGUCAAGCAUGUCUUUUUGCUUGCCUGCACUGGCAUUGCGGUGGAUAACAUUACCCUGCAUAUAAUUCAAGAGCAUUUCCCCCAUAUUAAUAGGAUUUUUUGUUUUUCUUUUACCAAUUUGGUGCAAUAUACCUUUUCACAGGCAGCUAAGAUCCACAGAUCUUGAAUCCAAUUCUGUACAUUUGGAUGUUGAACAUGAUUUAAUCUCUAACCUACCUUCUCUCAAGAUUUCCAGGUUGCAUUAUUUUUGAGAUCCUUACAUUCAAAAGACAGGCAAAUCUAAUCAGAUGGGUAUUUGAUACAUUUAGUACUCACAUGCCACGUCAACAGAGAACUAUCCAUUUUAGGAUAUAUAUAUAUAUAUAUAUGCAAUGCAUGGGGCAGUGUUAAACACAAUGCCAGCCAGAGUGCCCCAGACACACUGGUUACUUGUCUAUAUCCCUAAAGCACACUCACUUGAUUUCAUUCCUGAAAAAAUUUCAAUACAUAGGAAAGAAAAUACACCUACAGAAGUUAAACACACCUGGCACCCCAAUAUAUCCUCUGUAACUUCCGUGAUUUGUUUUAAAAUUGUUCUCUUUCCAGGUGUACAA